AUGUCGUUUCCUUUCGCGUCCGUUACCUCAUAUUCUCCGCGACUUCGCCAAUAUGCAAACGCCCUCUUGACACCGAUUCUUCCUGCAACGCCAGCUUCUGCUGUCCGGACAACAAAGCGCGGGACAGCCGCCAUUAACUACGCCGAGAAUGAUUUCGAUGAUGAAGAGCUCGAUGACAAUAGCGAUAGUACGCGCCGGCCAACGGGGUUAAGAAGCCUUAAGAGGGAGGAGCUCCAGCCGGACCGCGGACCUACGGGCGAGAAACUCGGAACCGAAAUCUUCGCUCCCGCGAAUGUGCAGCCGAAUUUCAGAGAAUGGGUGAUUAGAAGGCGACCGAAAUCAAUGAGGGAGAUUCAAAUAACGGGGCAUGGUUUAUUGCCUCUGAAUUUGGUGCCCAUCCGUAUUGAUCUUGAAGUACCGGCCCAUCAACCACUUGAGCCAUUCCCCUUGCCGCGAAACUAUCUAGAAAUCGGCAUAAACCCCGGUGCUCCUGCCUACCGAAAACCCGAGGCGGCCCCACCGUAUCGGGUCAAAGACUUUAUUCUCUGGAAUCUCCAUGAGCCAUUCCUUACUCCCGAAGAGUUUGCAAUAAUAUUUGUGCGCGAAUUGGACCUGCCAAAUUUGCCCGUGAUGGUCACGGCCGUGUGCAAUCAAAUACGCCAACAAUUGGAAGAGUAUGCGGGCGUCGCAAUGCAUCCGAUCUUCCAAAAGGCACCAGCUACCGAAAAAUCGAACAAUACCCCAACCCAGGCACAACAAGUCGCAGACACUCCUACGUCAGAACAGAGAUCUUCUGCGAUACCAGCUCAUCGGCCCGACUCGAAUCAGAAGAAAUGGAUAUCACAACAGAUUUCUCCCGACGACGGUAUAUUCAGCACAGAUGACGCGUAUCGCUGCAUUGUAAUUUUGGAUAUUACCCUGCAAAACAAGCUGUACACCGACAGGUUCGAAUGGUCUCUGCUUCAUGAUCAAGGUUUAGCAGACCAGUUCGCUCGUAAGACUUGCGCGGACCUUGGUCUCGGGCCUGAGUGGGUAAAUGUAAUCUCACACGGCAUUUGCGAGGUUGUUCUUCGGCUAAAGAAGGAUGCGUGUGAAAGCGGUGGUUUGGUAGGUAUCGGAGGAGAUGGGGCUGAAAUUGACAACCAAGCUGCUCAUGCACGGGAAGCUGGUUGGAGAUACGACCCAGAUGGGCUAGGAGAUGAAUGGGAGCCGAGAAUACAAAUUCUGUCCAAAGAGGACAUUGAAAAGCGCGAAGGAGAUCGAGAACGUCAGAUCCGAAGGCUUCGACGGGAAACAGCACGGUUUUCCUCUACAGCUGGCAUGUCCUUGGAAUUGACACGUCAGAGUUCUGGGGGCUAUUUUGAUCUUCCGGAUCCAGAUACCCCACUGGGUCGAGGGGAGCGAAAUAAAAGAAGGCGUCGUGCCCGAAGUAAUAGUCCCACAACCGGGACGGCUGGGGGCCGUGGGACACCAGACCUUGGAUCCAUAGCGGGAUAUGGGGGCGGAGGAGGCACGUUAACAGAUGGAGAAAGGCAAAGCUGGCGAUGCAUGCAUUGCGCUUGGCCAGGACACGCCACCUGGGCUGCCAGAGAUGGGCCUGAGGGACCAAAGGUCCUCUGCCAAAAUUGUGGCGUGGAAUAUGAACGAGAUGGCCGAUUGCCAACAUGGUCGAAAAGUCUAUUCGCUCCUCGACGAAUCCUUCCAUGA